AUGUGGGUGUGGCCAAGAGUGCGGUGUGACGGGGGGGGGAGGGGGGCGGAGCCUGAGGCUUUCUCUUCCCUCCCCUCUCCUCAGCGCCUGCCCAGCUUUUUAAGGACCUUGCUGGGGCGCCUGCUCACAUCUCCCAGCUGGGCAGCCCCUCCCAGUAGGCCCCACGUGAGGCUGCCCUGGGCCAAGGCACAGAGCUCUUUGAGGUCUGCCCUAGAGCACCUCACACUGGGUUUGCACUGAUGGCCGCAGAGGCUGGGCUCCCUGUGACCACACCGUGUCCCCAGCAGCUCCCUGACACUGCCUUCUUCCUGUUCUCAGGAACACGGGGCUGGCUCACCAAGGCCUGGAGAGGGUGGGAUGCUGGCCCUGUGCUGCCUGUGGAAGUUGCUUUUCUCUUCUUGGCACUUGGCCGCCGGCUGGAGGUGCAGCCCUGCCCAGCUGAGGACAAGAACAGAGCAAAUACUGUCCUCCGUGUUCUGUUUUUGGUGGGAACGAUGAGGCUCUGUUAGCUUGGUGCAGGCAGGAGGAACUUACUUGAUGGUGAAGUCACAAAGCACGAGGCCUCCCCCUCCCUCUGGCCGUACCUGCUGGACCCUGCAGACACCCACGCAGGGGUCCCGGGUGGCGGGUGGAGGCCAGCACCACAGUCUGGGGCCCACAGCCUGAGCAGGCUGCCUGCUUACUGUUUCUUUUAACUUUAAAUGCCUACAGUUCCUGUGCACGGUGAUCGCCAUCCUGCUGCAUUACGUCUAUAUGAGCACGUUCGCCUGGACCUUUGUGGAGAGCCUGCACGUCCACCGCAUGCUGACCGAGGUGCGCAACAUUGACGCCGGGCCCAUGAGUUUCUACUAUGUCGUGGGCUGGGGCGUCCCGGCCAUCAUCACAGGACUCGCGGUGGGCCUGGACCCCCAGGGCUACGGAAACCCGGACUUCUGCUGGCUGUCCCUUCGAGACACCCUGAUCUGGAGCUUCGCCGGGCCCAUUGGAACGGUUAUCAUUGUCAACACAGUCAUUUUUGUCCUGUCUGCAAAGGUCUCCUGCCAAAGAAAGCACCAUUAUUAUGAAAGAAAAGGAGUCGUGUAAGUCAGUGCCAGCGCUGACGGGGGGGUGGGACCCCCAGGGUGGGUCUGCACGCCGGCAGAGCCACCUGAAAGCACCUGUCCCCCCAUGGCCAGGCCCUUGGCCAUCCCCCGCCUCUGCCACUGGGCUGAUGACAGCCAUGUGGACGCAUCAGGAGGCCGCAGUGGGGAGAGGCCAGGAGCAGCAAGGCACGUUGUGGAGGAGAGGGAGGGGCUGAGCACAGGGUGGCCUGGGAGAGGGAUGUGGGGAUCCCCAAAACGGCAGGUGUAGGGUCUGUGGCUUUGGGUGGUGGAGUCGCUGAGGGGGGCAGGCUUGUCCUCGCCUAGGUCCUGCUAACGACGGGUAUAGAGGAGGAGGGGACGAUGACAGCCAGCUGUGGGUGGUGCUGAGGUGCCUGGGUGCCGCAGGGUGGAGUAGGCAGGGUGUCGGGGCGGGGGCGCUGGAACUUUCUGGGUUGGUGGUGAUGGCGGUGGUGUGGCUGCAGGAGUGGAGAGUUAUCUAGGUGCUUUAAAAAAGCUUUGGGAAGAAAGGGAGGGGGAUAAGUAAUGGCUGGAC